AUGACCUCAGCAGUAUAUGAUUCACUGGUGUUGUGGAUGCAGACGGCCUCUUUCGAUGUCUUAUUCAUGCAGGAGACCCACAGAGGCUUCGGAAGCGAGCCAGCCGAGUGGAAGGCUGGGGCCUGGACCUUUGUUAGCUCUCCGGAUCCACAUACACGCUUUGCAGGCGUAGCGGUUGCUAUCAGGACUUCAGUGGCAUCAUCGUACAUCACACGAUUUAAUCCUAUUGUGCCGGGACGCAUUCUACACGUUCGCCUUAGUGGUGAUAAGUACAGUAUUGAUCUGAUCAGUUGCUAUCAACACGUGAUAUCCAGCAGGGACUCUCCCUCCAUCAAUGCUUCCAGGCGGGAGCAAUUUUGGAUGGCACUUGGCAACUAUGUGUCGACACUGCCUCAGCGGAACAUUUUGCUUCUAGCGGGUGACUUCAACUGUGCAGCCAGGCGUGAAGAUGGGGUUGCUGGAUUCUCAGCACCCAAGCCCAACAAAUACUACUUCGAUCAGGACGACUUCAUGGGAUUUGCUGCGGCGAACAGUCUCUGCAUGCUCAACACAUGGAGCAGGAGUCGCACUCAUGAUAUGAACACGUUCUCAAACGGUCAGCACCGCAGCCAGAUUGACUAUGUCAUGACGAGGAGAUUGCAUGCGGACUCUGCUUCCAGACUGGUGUUACGCCUGGACUUCGCCCAUGGCAACAACCGGAGGUGCAACACACUGUCAAAGAAAUGUGGCGGAAAAGACGGAUUAUGCAACGAGUUGGGCAUGAUGUCCGGCUUCAUCUCUUUUCCCUGCGACAGGUCUUUGCCGCCUUCCGUGCACAUCGCGAUUUUCAGAGGUGCUAUCGAGAGCUUAAACACAGAGGGCAGCAACAUCGCAAACAGAUUCUGCAUGAGCAACUUAUUCUUGCUCAACAGGCGGAGCAGCAGCGUGAUGUUCGGCGACUUUAUCAGGUCAUCAGGGCUGUGGCACCCAAGCAACAAGGGGGUCGGGUUCGCAUUCGCACAGUGGAAGGAGGACUGCUCACAGCGGAAAUGGAACAUGUCGAGAUCUUGGAACAUUUUCGUGCUCUAUUCACUACACAUGUGCAUCAAGUUGUUCCGGCACCCAGGCUUGAACCUGUUCUUCUUCAGGACUCUGCUUGCGGGGCCGCUGACUGAGGCCUUUCAUUUCGAAACCAUGGCUGGAUAUCCUAGUCAUUGGAACGUCUUGCUGAUCAAAUUCUGUGCGCAGUUGACGCUGGAUAUGACUACAGCAUUUGAUAGAUUACCUCGGCAGCAUCUUCAGUCGUCGCUAGAGUGGGCAGGAGUUGACCCCAUGCUGAUCUCUUUGAUACUGGAAUCACACUGUGCUUGCUACUAUCAUAUCAACCACGAAGGCUAUACAGGCAUGGUGGCCAUGGAGAAUGGAGUGAAGCAGGGGUGCACCCUAGCUCCACUUUUGUGGGCAUUGUUCAGUGUGUUUCUGCUUAGCAAAUUGGAGGACCGGUUGCAAAGCACGUGGCCUAGGGACUCUGUUACGCUGUAUGCAGAUGAUACUCACUGCUCCUGGAACCUCAAUUGCCAAGCUGAUUUAGACUUUUUCCAGCGAAGUGCCAUUGCAAUCCUUGAAAUAUAUCAGGAGUACGGCAUGCAAAUCAACCCUGCGAAGUCGGCUCUGCUCAUACGAUUGGUUGGUACUCAUGGACCACGCUGGCUCCGACAACACACAGAACACCACGAUGGGAAGUCAGUGUUUCGCUUUACUCGUGGAGUUCGCCAGUACCAUGUUCCCAUUGUGAAACAGGUGAAGUAUCUAGGGAUCAUCGUCUCUUAUCAAAGAUUUGAGAAGGCGUCGGUGCAACAUCGUUUGAAGUCAGCUGGCUUAGCUAGACAACGCCUGGCGAAGGUCCUGCACUCCUCCAAGUACCUGAGCAUCAAACAAAGACUGAGAAUCUACACAGCAUGUGUGCGAAGUGUGUUGCUCUACGGCAUCAGCUCCUUGAAGCUGACGGAGAAGGAGUUGCUUUUACUGCACAGGCGUGACAUCAAGUAUGUGAGGGCGAUUGCGAAGUCCCCGGUGCAUAUUACUAAAGAGGCUACUACUGUACUGCUUGAGCGUGUUGGUCUGAAACCCAUUCGGACAGCAUUCUACGAGGCACGAGGUGAGACUCCGCCAGCUCCUACACAAAAGGACUCAGCCUCGCUCCCUGUUUCUGCAGCUAUGCAUGCUGCGGCUAGUCGUGGGCUUAGAGAGCUUCUCCCGGGAGCUCGACAACAUGUUUGUCCAACAUGUGGCAUAGGCUUCCCGACGCAGAGUAUCAUGCGCAAUCAUCAUGCACGGAAGCACGGCAUCAAGCUUGGGAAACAGGCGAUACGAGGCGGCGAGGAGUACAAGAAACUGGACAUGUCACUCCAUAGUGUAGAUGGUAUGCCAGUUUGCCGACAUUGUGGAGCAACCUUUGUGGGAUGGCAGGAGUUUCGCAUGCACAUUCUUAACUCUUGUGAAGUCUGGGAUGCACAAAAGAAGUCUGCACAUGGAGAGACAGAGUCCACGAGCAAUCAAUCAGCUGUCGGGCUUGCUUUGCAGUCCGCUGCGGAGCCCGCACAGAAGACCACAGUCCUGAUCAAGGAUCGACGUGAUGUACUUGACAAGCUUCUAGACAAAACCUGGUAUGAGGCCAUCUGGCUUCCGGGUGUGAAACAGUACAGUCCAUGUGUCGUACGGUUCAUUACACUCGUUCAAGUCCGUGCGGUGCCUGCGGUGCCACUUUUGCAAGAGGCACAAAACAUCAAUGUACAAUCGUUGCUGAAGCAUGCAGUGCCGAUGAAUGUGGACCCAAGCCUGGGGAAGAGAGACAACCAGGAGGACUUGCAGGGUCAGCUCGAGGAUCAGACGAGGCCCAAGUUUCAGAGACCGGUGUCGAAAGGAGCGGGGGGGAAUGGCAAGGGAUCAGCUCCCACCACACCUCAGGAACCCUCGAAUUCUUCUGGAGACGGUCCAACAGAUCCAUUGGUGGCGGCGGCGGCGGCCUUCGCGAAGGGCACGGAGGGCAACAAGCAGCCGGAGGAGACAGCAAGGAUGGACAAGCCAACGGCACGCUCUCAACAAAGAGGACAAGGCUGGAGAGGGCAUCAGAACCAGGGCAAUCGGCGAAACUGGUCACAGGGAGGCUGGGGUCAACAUCGCAGACAAGGCCAGGGCUACUAUCAGCAUUCCAAUGCGGAGCACGCGCUGGAGGAAAGCUUGAGAAUAGUGGCGAAUCUGUGUCUGCGACACGAUGACGAGUUGGCUCAGAAUCGGACGGACCGCGACUUUGUCCUCACGAUGGAGACUCGGGAGGGAGCCGUUCUCAGCAAGCUGUUUUCACUGGCACUUCAGUGGAAGACACGCAAGGAGGCGGGGACGGUCGACUGCUCGCUACGCCUGGCAUUGUUUCUAGGGCUUCUGGAGAUUUGGUUGGCGAGACUCAAGGCCUUGGAAUCGGAUACCCCGGAGGCCCAGAAGCUGCGAGAUCAAAUCCGAGAACAGGGACAUGCCUACAACAUGGAAGGCCAGCCGGAGAAGGACUUGCAAUGGCCUUAUGUGAAGUGGGAAGCAGAGAAGGAGAAAUUGGUCCCGGUGCCGAACGUGGCGCCGCUCCCGCAAAGUCAGAUCGUGGAAAGCUUAACUUUGAUACAGCAGCUAGCGGGCGCCCCCAAUGUGCUUCUCAAAUUUCACUCGACGCGGAGGAUGGUGGAGAAGUACGAGGGGGAGACCGUCACUUUUCUGCUGACCAUCGGUAUGCGAACCCCGCAAGCCGCGCAGAUGUGGGGACUUCUGACCACACUGUGCGGGAACACGUGUGGCAAGAUCGUGGGCAUGCGUCUGCGACCGGCCAAAAUGGAGCGCCAACCCUUGGCAAGGAUCCUGGCGGAACGAUUCCCGCCACCAAUGCGCAAGGAGACGGGGGUGGAGCUCUCGAGCAAGCUCGAGCGCGAUGGCUCGAGGCCCACAGGAGCUAUGGAGGAAGAUCAGGUGACCAAGAAGGUGGAGCCCGCCCAGUGA